CCAGUCAACAAUUCACUUUCCGCGAGUACGGGGUAAAUGAGACGGGACACUUUGCUUCCAAUGAUCUGAACUGACCGUCUAUUUAUCGACGAAAGGAAAGGCAAGAAUCAUCGCUGAAAACUAAACUUUUCUUCAGGACGACAUCUACUUUUAUAUUUUAAUGAUGUACAACAACUUUGCUCCGGAGUGUGACUCGUCUUCAAGGUGCAGCACAGCUUCUCCAGCCGGUGACAACCUUACAUACUAUCCAUCUCCGGCAGACUCCUAUUCAAGCAUCGGCUCUCCUAUUAAUCAAACUCAGGACUUCACUGACCUCUCGGUCGCAAGCGCUUCUUUCAUCCCAACUGUCACGGCUGUCUCCACAACUCCGGACUUGCAGUGGAUGGUCCAGCCAACUACCCUUAUCUCCUCCGUGGCUCCAUCACAGACACGAAUGCAUCCAUACGCUACCCAAGAUUCGAGCUCAGCCUAUCCUAGAAUUGGGAUGGUUAGGAGCAGUGGACCCAAGCUGCAUUCUGGCAGGAGGGGCAAAAUUGAACAGCUUUCUCCUGAGGAGGAAGAGAAAAAGAAAGUCCGGAGAGAGAGGAAUAAGAUGGCUGCUGCAAAAUGCCGCAACAGACGGAGAGAAUUGACUGACACACUGCAAGCUGUAAGUAAAACAUCUCGAAGAUGCUUUUAUUUGAGAAAGGUCUGUGUGUACUCUGACUCUUCAAUAACUAGUGUUUAUUCUGCUACACAGGAAACUGAUGUUUUGGAGGAUGAGAAAUCCAUACUGCAAUCUGAAAUUGCCAACCUAAUGAAAGAGAAGGAUCGACUGGAGUUUAUCCUAGCCGCUCACAGGCCUGCCUGCAAGAUCCCAUCUGACCUGGACGUGGGCUUUCCCGAGACUUCAGUCUCCCCUGUACACAGCUUCUGUGACAACCUAAAUUCCAUCACCAGAAAUGCCAUUUUGACAAGCCAGCCGAAGGAGUCUGUAGUCUCUUCCAAAUCUUCCACAUUCCUUCCUGGCUCUGAAGCUGAGGUUAGUGGUUCAACAGUCAAGAUGUCUGACCUGGACAGCUCACUGGAGGAGUCUCUAGAACUGCUGGAAUCGCUGAAGAGGACUGCAGAAGAGACCGUCCGAUCUGUGCCAGAUAUGGACCUUUGCAACUCCUUCUAUGCACCAGACUGGGAACCUCUGUACACAUCAGCCACACCUGACUUUGAGCCUCUGUGCACCCCAGUAGUGACCUGCACCCCUGCCUGCACAACAUACACAUCUUCCUUUGUGUUCACCUACCCUGAGGCAGAAGCCACUCCCAACUGUGGUGUGGCCCACAGGAGGGGAAGCAGCAGCAAUGAUCAAUCUUCAGACUCUCUUAAUUCCCCCACUCUUCUUGCCCUAUGAGGGUAACUCUACAAACUCUCUUUAGACAAACAUUUUAGCGUAUGAGCACACCAAUAUCAGGGUAGUGGCAUGGACUUUCUGACAGGACACUCAUCAACCAUACACGCCUCAAGUGUAGCAAAAAGCAUGCUAAAACCUACUACUGCUGUCUAAAGCAUGUGACAUCAUGCAUUGUAGAAGUAUCACAUUUAAUGGUUUUCAACUUAUUGGUGCUAGCUAGAUAUAUUUAAUCUACUACUUAAAUUGACUAAUGUGCUUACUGCAAUAGUGAUAAUCUAAUGAGAUUAGUCUCUGAUUGAAGUAACUAUUGUGAACUCGCAUUCAUAAAUGGUGUACUUUGUCUAACCAUGGUCUAUAAGUGGUCUUAAUUGGAGUAUGGGAUAAGUUUUCUGUGAAAACGUUUGCUGUGUUUACAUGUAACUGUUCUGACAUUUAUAUUUUUAUUUUUCUAGAGUUUUGAAAUGCUUGUCUUAAGCAAAAUGUUUGUCAGGUAUAAGAAAUAAAUAAGUCUGAAAAACA